GAAAUAAUUAGUAAAGAAUAAAAGACACAGAGUCAGAAAAAUAGUUUUACAGUAGAGCCCCUGAUAGGCCCAGCCCACACAGGCUCUGGAGCUAGACAAUUAAAAAACAGCUCCCAUGGUUUAUUUAAGGGGGUAUAUUGAAGGCAGGAAAUAGAUUCCAGGGGUGGAGUCUUGCUUCAUGAUAUCUUGCAGUCAGCAGGUUGAUUGGCAUCUUGGCAGGUCACAUCCAUCUCUGAGAGGCUAUGUGGCUAUAGUAAAUCACCCUAUCUCUGGGGCUGUGUGGGGCCUGGGACAGAGCUUGAAUAAGGUCACAUGUGUCUGGGCAGUAUUAGCCAGAGGAAAUUUCCACUGGAAGUUCCCAGACACCAGAUUCUCCUAUUUACUAGACUGUGAUGCCAAUGUAGUCCACACACGGCCCACUGAUGGCUCUUGACAGUGAUUAAAGAGGAGUAACAUUUAAUUGGCUCAAAAUUCCCUUUUAGGAAUUAUCUGCUAAAGUCCAGUAUAUAUUUUAAGCAACACUAACUUACCCACUUAUAACUGGUUUCUGUAGUGGAUCAGAAGUCUUCAGAGAAAAAUAAAAAGAGUAACUAUUGCUAUUAUAUAAUAGGCAGCUCUCUGUAGUCAGGAGUCUUAAUGUUUUAGUCCCUAGGGUUAAGUUUGGGUUCAUGUGGUUUACUGUAGUACUCAGUGUGGCCCCCCUGCUAAGUCUAAUUUAUAGCGUAAGAGUUGCUGACCUGGAUUUCUUUGGGUGGAGUAGUCACAGUGAUAACUGCUCUUCUUCAUUCUACUAACUCUUAUUAGUUUUUACCUUAGCUAGGCUCUUUAAAAAAAAAAAAAGUAUAUUUCUCUCAGUGGAUAAUUCUUCUUAUCAAAAUGUCAUGGUAUUUUACUAAGCCACACCCAGAGCUUGUGUGGAAUUUUUAUAUUUACAUAAAUUUACUUAACCUGAUAGCAUACUUUCUCCAUUUUUUCAGUUCUGCUCUAGUUGCUAACGGAGUUACUGACACUGGGAAGUGGCCUUAAAUCUCUUCCUAGUUUAAGAGUCUUAAAAUAUAUUUGGAAAUUGAGUCCUUACCUGUAAUGGAUGACAUCCUAUAUAUUCAAGGACUGGAAGACAGAGAUGUCAAUAACCCCAUGCCCAACCGAGGAGGCAAUGGAUUAGCUCCUGGGGAUGACAGAUUCAAACCUGUGGUACCAUGGCCUCAUGUUGAAGGAGUAGAAGUGGACUUAGAGUCUAUUAGAAGAAAAAACAAGGCCAAAAAUGAACAGGAGCACCAUGCUGGAGGAGAUUCCCAAAAAGACAUAAUACAGAGGCAGUAUCUCACAUUUAAGCCUCAGACAUUCACCUAUCGUGAUCCUGUGCUACGCCCUGGGAUCCUUGGUAACUUUGAACCCAAAGAACCUGAGCCUCAUGGAGUGGUUGGUGGCCCUGGAGAACAAGCCAAGCCAUUGGUUUUGGGACCAGAAUUCAAACAUGCAGUUCAAGCCAGCAUUAAAGAGUUUGGAUUUAACAUGGUGGCAAGUGACAUGAUCUCACUGGACCGCAGCGUCAAUGACUUACGUCAAGAAGAAUGCAAGUAUUGGCAUUAUGAUGAAAACCUGCUUACUUCAAGUGUUGUCAUUGUCUUCCAUAAUGAAGGAUGGUCAACCCUCAUGAGAACAGUCCACAGUGUAAUCAAAAGGACUCCAAGGAAAUAUUUAGCAGAGAUUGUGUUAAUUGAUGAUUUCAGUAAUAAAGACCACUUAAAAGAAAAACUGGAUGACUACAUUAAGAUGUGGAAUGGCCUAGUAAAGGUAUUCCGAAAUGAGAGAAGAGAAGGAUUAAUUCAAGCGCGAAGUAUUGGUGCUCAGAAGGCUAAACUUGGACAGGUUUUGAUAUACCUUGAUGCCCACUGUGAGGUGGCAGUUAACUGGUAUGCACCACUUGUAGCUCCCAUUUCUAAGGACAGAACUACAUGUACUGUGCCUCUAAUAGAUUACAUAGAUGGGAAUGAUUAUUCCAUUGAACCACAGCAAGGUGGGGAUGAAGAUGGUUUUGCCCGAGGGGCCUGGGACUGGAGUUUACUGUGGAAACGUAUCCCUCUAAGCCACAAGGAAAAGGCCAAAAGAAAACAUAAAACUGAACCUUAUCGGUCCCCAGCCAUGGCUGGUGGAUUAUUUGCUAUUGAACGAGAGUUCUUCUUUGAACUGGGUCUGUAUGAUCCAGGUCUCCAGAUUUGGGGUGGUGAAAACUUUGAGAUCUCAUACAAGAUAUGGCAGUGUGGCGGCAAAUUAUUGUUUGUCCCUUGUUCUCGUGUUGGACACAUCUACCGUCUUGAGGGCUGGCAAGGAAAUCCUCCACCCCUCUAUGUUGGGUCUUCUCCAACUCUAAAGAAUUAUGUUAGAGUGGUAGAGGUUUGGUGGGAUGAGUAUAAAGACUACUUCUAUGCUAGUCGUCCUGAAUCAAAGGCAUUACCAUAUGGGGAUAUAUCUGAGCUGAAAAAAUUUCGAGAAGAUCACAACUGCAAAAGCUUCAAAUGGUUCAUGGAAGAAAUAGCUUAUGACAUCACCUCACACUACCCUUUGCCACCCAAAAAUGUUGACUGGGGAGAAAUCAGAGGCUUUGAAACUGCUUACUGCAUUGAUAGCAUGGGAAAAACAAAUGGAGGUAUUGUUGAACUUGGACCCUGCCACAGGAUGGGAGGAAAUCAGCUUUUCCGAAUCAAUGAAGCAAAUCAGCUUAUGCAAUAUGACCAGUGUUUGGCAAAAGGGCCUGAUGGAACAAAAGUUAUGAUUAUGCACUGUAAUCUAAAUGAAUUUAAGGAAUGGCAGUACUUCAAGAACCUGCACAGAUUUACUCACAUUCCUUCAGGAAAGUGCUUGGAUCGCUCCGAGGUCCUACAUCAAGUGUUCAUCUCUAAUUGUGACUCUAGUAAAAUGACUCAAAAGUGGGAAAUGAAUAAUAUCCACAGUGUUUAGAAAGAAUAAAAGAAACCAAUAAUCUACCUACUGACAAGUAAAUUUAUACAGGACUGAAAACCGCCUGAAACCUGCUGCAACAAUUAUUAUUAACUCUGUACAGCUCCAAACCUGGAACCUCCUGAUCAGUUUGAAGGACAUCGAUAAACUGUGAUUUUACAAUAACAUUAUCAUCUGCAGUUACUGUUUACAAAACUGCUUUUACCUUAAACUUUGUAGAUGUUUACAUCUUUUUUGUUUUGUUUUAAGAUGAUGUUGGUAAUUUGUGCCUUUAACUCUGUUUUGUGGGAACAGAGUUAAAAGCAUGUCGUCUUCUUUGGGAUUACACUCAGGGGUCUGAAAGGCAGUUUGAUUUUUUUUUUAAACACUUGAAAAAAGGUUGUAGUAACCAGACUUUCAUAUAUAACUUGGUGAUUAUCAACCUCUUGUGUCUUUAUUUAAUUUUACAUCUUUUUGAAGCACUGCCACAGGUUAUUAGCCAAGGUGGCCUUCCUUCACAGUCAUGCUGCUUUUUUGAAAGGUGAAUUUCAACACAUUUAGUGCCUCUUUCAUUUCUCAGUAUAUUUUUCAAGACCUUUUGAUGAAAUUUAUAGGAUGGUAAUGAUGGAAUGAAUUGUCACCUGUAUCAGGAAUACUUAGACUUCUCAGAAAUGAAUUUGUGUGCUGCCAUUUGCUAUGAAGUUGAAUGUUAUGUGGCUUGAGUAAGAAAUGAUGAUAUGUAACAUCUUAAGGCUUUAGUACAUGGGGUUUGAAAAUUGUGUGGCAUUAACUCCCACUCAGACCUGCUGGCAUUCUCAGUGCCAUCUGUCCAUGUCAACUCUUAGGGUAGCAAAGGGAUCUUCCAACUAGAGAAAAAUUGUACUCCUACAUUUAGGAUUUACUUUUCCCCGGUACCUGUUGAUACAGAAAGCUAUAAAUAAAUCUUAAGUUUUGAAACUUGGGCAGGGCGGGGGAUACCCAAAAUAAUAAAACACUGCUAUAAUAAACACGUCAAAGGUUCAUUCUGGCUGAGGUAAGAAUUUAUAAGCCCUUUUUAGAUAAGCCUUAUAAAACUCCUGUGCAUUACAUCCUAAGUUGUGUAACCUAUGAAACCAAGAGUGAAUUGAUAUUUCAUUUAUCUUCAUCCAAAUGAAAUUCCCUAUAUAUAUUUUAAAUUAAAUUACUAAGAAUACCA